UCAGACACUAUUCAGUGGAAGUUUGGUCAUGUCUGGACAGCAGGGUGUUCGACUGCUGCUCCCGUGGGCCAGCGCCUGCCUUGCGCUGCUCAGCCUGGCCCAGGGAGCUGUGGUCAUCUCCGGGGGCCAUGAAGCUCUGCAGGAGACAGGAGGAGCUACUAGAUUUCUAAAGAAAAGAAGUACAAAUGAUGCCAUGGUGGAGGUGUACAGUGUGACGGUGGACUGCACUGUGAGGUCUCGUUUUGCUCACACCGUCAUGACCUCCAAGGCCCUGAACAAAGCGAAAACCUCCCAGGAAAUCUUCUUUGAAGUGCAGCUGCCCAAGACUGCCUUCAUCAGUAACUUCAGCAUGGAAAUUGAAGGUCAGGUGUAUGUUGGGGAAGUGAAGGGGAAAGAGAAAGCCAAGAAGCAGUAUGAAAAGGCUGUUUCCUCUGGACAAACUGCUGGACUGGUCAAAGCUUCUGGGAGAAAGAUGGAGAAGUUUUCUGUGUCCGUCAAUAUCGCAGCAGGAAAAAAUGUGACUUUUGCUCUGACUUACGAGGAGCUCCUUCAGAGGACUCUGGGCCAGUAUGAGAUUCUGAUUCAAAUUAAACCCAAACAGAGGGUCCAGAAGUUUCAGAUUGUGACAAACAUCUACGAGCCACAGGGCAUUUCUUUCCUUGAUGCCCAUGCUACCUUCCUUACCAAUGAUUUGCUCCCUCUGGUGGAGAAAACUGUAACAGACAAAAAGGCACACAUCUCUUUCUCACCAACCAUGGAGCAGCAGAGGAGUUGUCCUGAUUGUGAUGGAACCUUCAUUGAUGGAGAUUUUGUCAUCAAAUAUGACGUAAACAGACCGACCAGCAUUGGGGACAUUCAGAUGGCAAACGGGUACUUUGUACACUUUUUCGCUCCACCUCACCUGCCCAGAGUCCCGAAGAAUGUGGUGUUUGUGAUUGACAGGAGCGGUUCAAUGUCUGGAAGAAAGAUUCAACAGACACGAGAGGCAAUGCUGGCCAUCCUCAAAGACAUCCAUGAGGAGGACCAUUUUGCCAUCGUCCUGUUUGAUAGCCAGGUCGAUCCCUGGAGAUCAACCCUUUCCAAAGCAACAGAAGAAAACGUGAAUGAAGCCAUGGCAUUUAUCAGGCAGCUAAAUAUCAGAGGAUCAACCAAUUUUAAUGAUGCACUGUUGGACAGUGUGAAAAUGCUUUUCAGCGACAGAAAGGAGCAAAGGAUCCCAGAGAGGAGCAUUGAUAUGAUUAUUGCACUGACUGAUGGAAUGCCAGAUUCGGGCCCCGAUAGGAUCCUGGAGAAUAUGCACCCUGGUAGGGGUGGAAACAUUUCUCUGUUCUGUCUUGGAUUUGGAAAUGAUGUGGCUUACACCUUCCUGGAAACGUUGAGCAAACAAAACAAGGGAUCGGCCCGCAAAAUUUAUGAGGGAUCAGAUGCAACGCUUCAACUUCAGGGUUUUUAUGAGGAGGUGUCCAGCCCUCUUCUUUUGGAGGUUGACCUGCGUUAUCCUGAUGAGGCAGUGGACUUUCUCACCACUAACCACUUCAACCAGCUAUUUAACGGCUCCGAGAUCGUGGUGGCUGGAAAACUGGAGGACAACGACCUCGACAACUUCAUGGUGGAAGUGUUUGGCCAGGGGUUUGAAGAUGACUUCAAGGUGCAGGGACAGGCCCGUGCUGUAGACUGGGACGUGAUGUACCCUGAUGAGGAAUACAUUUUUGGAGAUUUUACAGAGCGUCUUUGGGCCUACCUAACCAUUCAACAGCUACUGGAGAAAAGUAAGAGUGGUACCACUGGUGAGAAAGAGAAUGCCACGGCAAAGGCCCUGGAAAUGUCCCUGCGGUAUAGCUUCGUAACCCCUCUCACUUCCAUGGUGGUCACUAAGCCUGAAACUGAGGAUGGAACAGAAAGCCCGCUCAUAGCUGAUAAACUGACUGAGGAGCAAAGACAAGUGUCAGAAAGACAGAAUCAAUAUCAAACUCAAAGUUAUAACCCUCCAGCAUACAGAACGACCUAUCAGUCAACACCCUCCUAUUUCGUGGACGGGGAUCCUCAUUUCAUGAUUGAGCUCCCAGACAGAGAAGACGCACUGUGCUUCAACAUCAACGACAAACCAGGAACCAUUUUCAACCUGGUCAGAGACCUUAAACAAGGUAUUUUGGUCAAUGGCGAGAUCAUAGGCGACAAGAUGAUUCCCCCUGAUGGGAAAAUUAACACCUACUUUUGGCGUUUUGGCAUCAUCCACAAGACUCUGGGGGUGAGGCUGAUUGUGAGCACUCAGGACGUCUCUUUGUUUCAGGAUGGCCAACUGGUCAAGCUGCAGUGGUCUGAUUCAGCUUCACUCAAAGGAUCCAAUGUGGAUAUUCUCCUGACCAAGGAUCGCAGCCUCACAGUAACUCUGAAAGAUUCAGUCAAGUUUGUCAUCCUGCUACACAAAGUGUGGGAGAAGCACCCGUACCACCGGAACUACCUGGGUUUCUACACCCUGGACACCCACCUCCUGUCAUCUUCGGUUCACGGCCUGCUAGGUCAGUUUUACCAUGGGAUCAAUUAUGAGGUGUCAGACCUGCGUCCAGGUGAAGUCACAGAGAAACCAGAUGCCACCAUGUUUGUGAAAGGACGGGAGCUCAAUGUGACAAGAGGCUGGCAGAGAGACUUCAGGAGGGAUGUGAAGAAAGGAGACAAUGUCCCCUGCUGGUUCGUUCACAAUAAUGGAACAGGCCUCAUCGAUGGAGAAGCAUCAGACUACAUUGUGUCAGGCCUUUUUAAAACUGUUUAAGAACAGGCUAUAAAUCACUGUCUACCAGAAAUCAUUCAAAUUAAACUAUUAAACUAAAAUAUUCAUUCACUAUAAUGCUCUGGUAUCAUGAGCCCAUAAAGCAAAUACUCUUCAUUCAACGCAAUCCCUAAAUAUGGAGAUGUAUCGGAGCAAUCUCAGCGAUCACUUGUAUUCAAAUAAAUGGGACACAGUUCCUCAAUAUGGAA